AUGUGCUUCUACUUUAGAUCACAGGGAGUUACUCUGGUUUUGGAAACAAUUUAUCAACUUUUACUGCUGUUUAUGAUGGUUACUUUUUAUCAAACUAGAAAGGUUACAUAGGUGGUAGAUGAAGGGAAGUAGCAAAAAGGGUGUGCUUUGUUACCAGAAUAUUCAUGGUAGUAAUGGAAGAUAUUGCUAUAAAGCACUCUAAAGUUUUAAAUCCAGAGAUUCAUGUUAAAUUAGGACAUGCAGAAAUCUCAGAAUUCGAAUUGGCUAUGCGAUUAAGAUAAUUAUUUUAGAAAUUACAAAGACCAGGAGUCAAAUAAAGCGUAUGGAUUGUUAAAGAUUGAUUCUUAAAUGAAAGAUAGGGAUAUUAUUACUAAAAUGGCUUAUUUAUUUUAAUUACUGGUGAAGUAAGGAAAAUACCAAAUUUAUGAUAAGAUUCAAGAAUGA